GAAGCAGCAGAUUCAUUUAGUCCUGGUCUGCAAACUGUGACCUCCCUCCUUCGCCAUGCCCGCCUUUUCCUGCCUCCCCCAGGUGCCAGGGGACGCGCACACCCACUUCAAGUCCAUGUGUAGCCCAGAGAGGAUCAUACCUAUCCGGAUUGUGCAGCGACUUCCCGGUGCUAAUAUGCACCUGUCUGCACCUCACCUCCAGCAGGAGCAAACACCUCCGCAACCGCCCUCCUCACCGGAUUUCCGAGCAUGGCUAAGCGAUAUGGUGCAGGACACUAUUAUGCCCGAGCAGGCCGAGGCCCCCGAGUAUGAAAGCCAAGGUAGCAGCAGCAGUAGUUACUGGCGCCCCGGCGGAACCCUGCAGAAUCCAGACCCGCAGGUGACUUUUGGGCCCACUAACAAAGAACGGUUAGCCCUACAUUUGGCAGAGCUGGAAAAGCAAGACAAGUACCUGCGAAGCAGGCAGCGUUACCGCUUCCACAUCAUUCCAGACGGUAAUUGCCUUUAUCGUGCGGUGAGCAAGGCCGUGUACGGAAAUCAGAACUUGCACGCCGAGCUGCGGGAGCAAACCGUGCAUCAUGUGGCGGACAAUCUGGACACUUUUAACCUCAUAAUCGAAGGCGACGUAGGCGAAUUCAUUAUAAAUGCUGCCCAGGACGGUGCAUGGGCAGGAUACCCGGAGCUGCUGGCCAUGAGUCAAAUGCUGGGGAUUAAUAUCCAUCUCACUACGGGCGGUAGGCCAGAGUGUCCCACUGUAUCCACAAUGGUCCAUUACCUGGGACCCGAGGACCCGUCUAGGCCCAGCAUCUGGCUGAGCUGGCUCAGUAACGGCCAUUACGACGCUGUGUUUGAACAGCCGUUACCUAACCCUGAAUACGAGAACUGGUGCGAGCAGAGCCAGGCCCAGAGACACCGAGACGAGGAACUGGCCAAAUCCAUGGCCAUGUCACUCUCUAAAAUGUACAUCGAACAAAACGCCUGCUCCUGAGAACUCUCAGCAGCAACGGACUGUAUGCGGGACCCAUCUUUGUUAUCUUGGAGCACUUUAACCCCUCGGUUCCUGGAGAGGCGUUGCAGACCUCAUUGGCACUUAGGUGGUUAAAACCUUUGUGACAUACGCUGACAUGAUGCCUUAACAUUGAUUUUAAUAUUGCUGGUGGCUACUGUGCAUCGUAUAAUAAAUGAUUGUGUGUGGUAUUUAAAUAUUUGCACAGUGAUCUGUCAGGUUUCGCUGAAAGUUGUAUUUUGUUUUUGUGCAUUUUUUCCAUUACAACCCAUUUUUCUGUAAAGAUUUUUUUGAUUUGUUUUCGUUUCACAAUGUUCUAAACGAUGGGUAUAUGUAACUUAAAUGUACAAAUAUGUUCAUUCCAUCUGCAAGAUUAACUAAAUAACUAUCCAAUCCAUGUAGGUAACCCUUCUUCAGGUAUUAUGGGGCACAUUCAUAUUUUGAGAUGUCACACUUGGGGGUAAAUAUUUGAUAUUAUAAGGAGAGAUCUUUUGGUGAAUAAACUUAGAAUGGCAGGAGUUGAAAAGGUUCUCCUCAAGAUGACUAUAGCUUUUACUAUGCCUUUUGUUUUGGCCCCUAAUUGAUGAGCUAGUGUGAGCACAAUGUUUAGUGGGUGGGGCACAAUGUGAGGAUGUAGCUUUUGUUGCAUUCUGUUUACCAUGCUCUAAAAUCCAGAGGAUGUGAUCAGCUUAUUCUGUUUUGCUACACUCUUAGUACUCCAGUGAUUUUUUCCAUUUGUAAUGACAGCAGAACAAACAUUUUGAAGUUUUUAUUUUUUCUAAAGGAUAUCUUUGGGAUUGGAGUUAAUUAUGUUGCUGAAGAUCCCUUUGAUUUCCUAUUAAAUCUAAACAUUUGGGAAUUGGCGAGUUUGUAUCAUGUGCAGUUUUUACACUUUUUAGUAAAUAAGUUUAAUAACACAGCAUUUGCUUAGAAAAGUAUAUGUACACCUUUGUGAAUCUAUGCCUCUUUCUAGUCCAAAAUAGGUUUGGUAAAGCUCUGUAGUUUUGUAAUGUCACACAUACUUUUUAUUCUUUCUGUUGCAGUUCAGUAUUUAUUAAUUUCAUUCAUAUUUGUCAAUCUUUUUGUAAUGUACUGGAAUUUAUAAUAUAUGUAUAUAUUAGCCACAUUCCACUUAGUAUGGAAGAAAAUAAAGUUUCUUAACUUUUUUUAAAAAUCA